CCUCCGCACACUUCCUCUGUCGAGUCUUGCAAGUUGCGGACAGCACAAUCUAGGCCCACAUGCCAAAGAGAAAGAAGCAAAAAGCAUCUGCAACAACUUCAUCAGUAGCCAUACAGGUAUCAAGAACAGAGACUGUGAUCACUACAUGCACCUCCACAACACCCAUUGUCAGCUCUGCUGCAAAUGCAGACUUUGCUUCAAGCCAAGGGCAAGACAUUGUGGAGAUGGUUCGCCCUGGAAAAGAUUUUCUGCACUUGCUGAGGUCUGCAGGUGCAGAUGGGGACUUCUUUACCAGAAAAGAGGUGCUGUAUUUUCUGAAGGAGUACAUCAGCUCCAAAAAGUUGUAUGAUCCUUGUGACCCUGGCACAGUACACUGUGAAAAAGAUCAGCUGGGACAAGUAUUUGGGUGCAGCAAAUUCACAAUCAGUGAUGUCCUUCCCUUGCUCUCUGCACAUAUUGAGCCUGUGAUGCCAUGUACUCAGUUUGCCAAGAAGCAAAAGACUCCAGCCGCACAGGAGCAGAACAGAAAAUAUGUUAUGAUGCACAGGCAGCAGGAGAAGGUAAAAGCCAGCAACUUGACAGCAGAAUCAGUGAUAGGUGUCCAACCAUUAUUUGUAAAAGAUAGUAACCACAAUGAAGAUCAUCUUAGCAAGUCCAAAAGUAGCCAAGCACAAGUCAGGCGUGAAGAGAGAGAAAACACUAGUGGAAAAAGGGAAAGGAAAAGGAAAAGAGAGAAAUCCAGCAGCAGUAAAAGUAGCAGUGCCUCUCGUGCCAGGCAGUCUUCCAUCAGUAUUACAUACAGCAGUGAUGGGGAGGGAAAGUUUCCGUGGUAUUAUCAAGUACAAGUACAGACGUCUGAUGAAAACAAGAGUGAAGUGCUCAGCAUUCAGGGUUAUGAGACAGCAGUGAUUCAGGACAGUGAAGAUGAUCUGUGGUACAUGGAGAUCUCAUCAGACGGAGGCUUUUCUGUGGAGUAUGAAGUGGGAUCUGACACCAGUCACGGGACAGCCGGGGGUGGAGAGUCGGGAGAUUCGGAUGAAUUUGAGGAUAUAGUAGUUGUGUGUAAUGACAGUGACAUAGAGUUUUGGGCAGACUCCAGUGAUGUGGAAUCUACUUCUGGAAGUGAUGGGUCAGAUAUGGAAAUCUCUCAGGAUGACAAGUGGAGAUGCGGAGAAUGUGACAUGUUGAACUCGCCUUUUCAACGGUACUGUGAUCGUUGCUGGAAACUUCGUCCCGGUUGGCUUCCAGACAGACAUUCUCAACAAAACCGUCUUUUACGGCGUUCAAUAUCUGCACCCGUGGAAAUGACAGGCGAAGAAAUGGAGCAAGUAACAUUAAACAACCAGCAACUAUAUAUUACAUACAGCAACAGAAGAAAAAACAGUAGUUCAAAUGAAGAUUUUGGACGAGGCAAGUCUUUUUCUUCUGCGACAAGAAGUCCACCCCAGCAAACUAACAGCAAACAGAACAGAUGUGCGAGUAGUUCAGAUGGCAGCAAGAAUGCAAGUGGGAAUAAACCUGGCACACAAGAAACUUGCAUUAAACUCCCAAGUUCUGACAGUGUAGCUGGAAAGGUGUUGGAUUCUGAAGGAUCCAAUGACACCAUUGUUUUAGAGGACGAUGAACCCACAGGCACUGUUAUGACCGCACAACAACAGUCUGAAAGCAGUGGUUAUGGUAGCAUAGGGCCAUGGAAUGAUUCAAUAAAAUCAGAAUUAACUGUAGACCAAGCCAAUUUUGUUGGAAGUUCUAAACACAGCUCUUUGAGCCAUAAUAUUUACCCAGCGUAUAAUGAUGUAAUUGAUCUUACUCAAGGCCCCCUUGAGUAUAGUUCAUUGAAACCUGAGGUAUGUUGUGGCACUGAUGUCGUUGAUGGGCCUACUAGUAAUGAAGUUUUCAAGUCUGUACUGAAUGACCAUGGUGGUUCUGUUUGUUCUGGAAUUCAAGUCGGGUCAAAACCCAUGCUGCCGGGGUUAAAUGUUCGUAGGGACAGUGUAACCGUUGUAACAGAACAAAGAAAUGGUGUGGACGUUGAUGUAAUUGAUCAACCAGUCAGCCAUGAUGUUAUAAAAUCUACUUCAAAUGGUGUUUUUAAUGUUACUGAUAGACUUAACGUGAAUGAAGAUAAAGAUAACAAGUCGCAUGACAAUUAUAUAGGCGCCUUUCAGCAAUCCGCAAGCUCGCAUUUACAAGGCGAAGAUACAAAGAAAAUAGGCUUAGCUUCUCUGAGUGCUAGGCCAUGCACUUCUGGUGCAGCUUCAGAUAGUUUCAACUCACAUGAUGACGUUACCCAGAAGCCAGAAUAUGAACCACCAGGAACAACCACUGACAACUGUUCUUCAAAAACAACACUCCCCUUGCUCCACACCACAUCUUCCAAACACGAAACUGCAUGGAAAGAAUGUCCUAAGUCUGAUAAAACUUCUUCUGCGGCCAACAGGUCAGAUAACUCCCACGCCAGUGGUCAGUCUACCGCUACUGGCGGUUCCAGUGGGGCGUCUAUAGGUACGUCGUCUCUAUCUGGCGGUGUGAUAGGCGCAGGGCCCUCUGGGGCCGGGCAGCCAGGACCGUCAAGGGUACAGCAGCCCCUUGGAAAUGAGUACAAUGAUCUGUGUGUGAUAUGCAUGUCAAAGCCCAAAGAGGCGAGCAUUAUUCACGGGAAGACGGGACACCAGGUGACUUGCUAUUCUUGCGCCAAGAGGUUGAAGUGGAGCGGCAGACCGUGCCCGAUUUGCCGCAGACCUAUCCAGAAAGUCAUCAAAAAUUUUCUGAUGUGAAUGAAUUGAUAUCAGGAUCCAGUUUCGUCAACACUGGAUAGCUCUAUACUAUGGAUAACAUUUAAAGUAUAGCAGUCAUAGUAACCACUAGAUAGCAAAACUGGAGACCAAAAGUAUCCAGCAUUUGUGAAACAUCAGUUAAUUCACAGGGUAACUGUCCAGAAGAUAAUUUUAUUCAGUGGAUUGUGUUAUCAAUAGGACCCAGAUGAUGUUCUCAGAGUGUUAAGUGCAUUUGAUGAAGUCCAUCACUAUAUGCUGUGCCGAUUUACUUAGGGAAGUAACGAUGUAAUUUAUGUGUAUAUACCAUUUAUAUUAAAUAAGUGAUUUUGUAUUAUUUUUUUUAUUAAUUGUAUGAUAAAUCAUACUUAAUUUAUUCAUGGGAAUUUUAGUAUUUAAUCGCACAUAUAUUUUUGCUUUUGCUCAGUUGUUUUUGUAUUUUAACGAUUGCAUUGUGAUUUCUUUAUAAGAAUUCACAA